CUACCAAAGAUGCAUUUUUCUAGGUUUUUUUUAUCUUGUUCGUCCCUCAUGUCACACUGCCGCCCUCGGCAGGGUAUACUUUUGUAAAAAUUUUCGCCGGUACAAUAUUUCUAUAAAUAUUAAAAAUAAAAAAUUUAAAAAUGGAAAAAAAUUCCAACUUCACCGUAGUUUCUUGACGGUGACACCGAGAGUAACUGACAGAUCGACGGUGUCACGUUCGAACGGUGCCAAACGUUGCAGGUUAAACGAACACAAACGCCGUGGAUAUGGAUUUGGAUCCCCGGUAGCGAAUCGCCGAAUCGGGGAGUCGAAACGACGGACGAAGAAGUUGGGAGUUGCCGUCGCGGAAUCUCCUCUCGUGCAGCGGGGCGCAUCAGAAUUCCGAACUGGCACCACGCCACCACCAAGGCCUCGCCUUCUCCAAUCCCAACUGCCACUUGCUUUGAGAUGCUGGCUGCUGCUUCUAGAAUCCACAAAGCCAACCAACCAGGCGCAGCGACGGACGGAGGAAGGGGGCGGUGCCGGUCGCGCUCCGCCCGGCCCCCCAAACCCAACAGCAAAACCCCCGAAAUUCCCCGGCUUUCCCCUCAAAUCCCCAAACACCCCACACCGCCGCGACGUCGCCAUCGCCCAUCGCUUCCCAGUUCUCACAGUUUCAGCGCGAGUCGUCGCCGUCGUCGAUGACCAGAAACGGUUACUACUGCCUCGCUUCUACUACUGCCGAGCAGUUACUCCUCCUCCCCAUCCUCUUCUUCUCCUCCAAGUCAUCCCCUCCGCUUCCGGCCUCCUCCCCGCGAUCCGCUCGCGGCUGAUCCCUCGCUCCGGUGCGGUGCGGUGCGGUCCCCGCUGCUGCUGAUCUCCGGCGGGGCGGGGCGGGGAGCGAUGUCGUCGUCGGAGGGGGAGAGCGCGAACCCUAGCCCCUGCCCCGCGGGGCCUGCGGCGGCGGCGGCGGUGGCUGGGGCGGCGGGGGUGGGGGUGGGGGCGGCGGCGUGGCCGAGGCGGCGGUGCCGGGACGUGUUCUGGCUGGUGGUGUUCCUGCUCCACCUGCUCGUCUUCGGCGGGGCGCUCGCGCUGACGGGGCUCAACCGCUUCGGCCAGGCGGACCGCUUCAACAUCGACCGCUUCACCAACCUCACCGCCGCGCCUCGCUUCGCCGGGUCGCCGGAGCCCGCUCGGGAGGCGCCCCCGCCGCCGUCGCUCGAGGCCGAGGAGGUCACCCCCAAGUCCGAGCUCACGGAGUCGUACUGGCCCUACUACGGCGCCGCGGGGGCCGUGGGGACCGCCCUCGCGUGGGCGUGGCUGGCGGCGGCCGCGGGGAAGAAGGACGGGGGGAGGGUGGUCAUGAGGGCCGCCGUGCACAGCCUCACCGCCUACCUCGCGGUGGUCAGCGUGCUCUGCUUCUGGGGGAAGCACUUCUUCUGGGGCGUGGCGUUCGCCGUCGGCGGAGCGCUGCACUUCCUCUACGUCAUGUCAGUUCUUGAUAGGUUCCCCUUCACAAUGCUUGUAUUGCAGAAGGCAGUAAGAAUGGUAUGGGAACUUCCUGAUGUGAUGAGGAUAGCAUAUGCAUUUGUGUUAGUCAUGCUUUGUUGGAUGGCAUUAUGGUCCUUUGGAGUGUCUGGCAUUCUUGCUUUUCACAUACCUAAUGGAGGGCAAUGGUGGGCUCUUUUGAUUUUCUCAGUCAGUUUAUUUUGGACUGGAGCUGUCCUUAGUAACACAGUCCAUGUCAUAGUAUCAGGGAUGGUUUUUCUUGUUCUCAUUCAUGGUGGUCAAGCUGCUGCAUCGAUGCCCCCAAAACCACUUCUAAAAUCACUUCAGUACGCUGUAACAACUUCAUUUGGGAGCAUUUGCUAUGGAUCACUUUUUACGGCUGCUAUUAGGACUUUACGUUGGGAGAUUCGAGGAAUUCGUUCUAAAAUAGGCAACAAUGAGUGUUUGCUGUGCUGUGUUGACUUUUUGUUUCAUAUCGUGGAAACUCUUGUUCGCUUCUUCAACAAAUAUGCAUAUGUACAGAUAGCUAUCAAUGGCCAGAGUUUCAAUCGCUCAGCUAGGGAUGCUUGGGAGUUGUUCCAAUCAACUGGCGUUGAAGCACUUGUUGCUUAUGACUGUUCAGGUGCUGUCCUUCUGAUGAGCACCAUUUUAGGUGGGUUAAUUACAGGAACAUGUACGGGUGUUUGGACAUAUUUUAAACAAAGUGAUAAAGCUAUUAUGGUUGGCUCAACCUCUAUGCUGAUGGGCAUGAUACUGGUUGGGGUAACUGUUGUAGUUGUCGAAAGUGCAGUUACAUCGAUAUACAUAUGCUAUGCUGAGGAUCCCCGUUUAAUUCAGAGAUGGGAUCCUGAUUUUUUUGAUCAAAUGUCAGAAGCACUACACCAGCGACUGCAAUACCGAAGUGCGCGAGCUCACCAAAUACUGAACAGCCGGCUUGAUCAGUUGCCAAAUACCUCGAGUAUUUGAAUUGCAUGUUAAAUAUUUGACCAUUUUUGUCGGUCCAUCGAAAGUGCUGCUGCAAUUUCCAGAACAAAAAAGUUCUGGAACUUCCUGCGGUCUAAAUAUUGAUCUACGGAACCUUUCAGCCUCUGAAAUAUAGAAGAAUGAAGUGCCCCAGCAAUCAUGGUGGCCUUCAAAACAACACGAUGUUGCCAAUCAAGCAGCCAUAUGUUCAUAGUUGGGUAGAACUGCAAUGCUGGCCUUUCUUUGAUCUGUAUGUAUGCAGCUUUGUAGGGAAAACAGUAAAGAAAAUCUUAGUCCAGUUGUUGACUUAGGUCUUUUGUAACUGACUGAGCCUGCUGCCAGCCUCGUGAAUGGAAACAUUUCUUCAUGUCAAUUCUUCAGUCUGCAAGAAUUACAGGUACAGUUUCGUUGUCAUGAACUAA